AUGUCUGACACCGAGUCCUUCAUACAGUCCGAUCUGUUCGCAGAUCCAGAAGGCUACUACCAAGCAGCUCCAGAAGCGCAUUUUGCCAAUUAUGAAAGAACGGAUAUCCCAGAAAGCUCUCAAAACAAGUCUGAAAGCGUCAAACUGCGGCUAGUAGGAUCAUCGCCGCUUUGGGGCCACUUACUUUGGAACGCUGGUAUCUACACUGCCAAACACCUCGACAAGCAUCCUGAGCUUGUACUCGACAAAUACGUCUUGGAGCUAGGUGCAGCAGCAGCACUGCCAUCUAUUGUGGCAGGCCUCAUAGGUGCGAAAAAAUGCGUCUCCACAGACUAUCCUGACGUCGACUUAAUUGAGAAUAUUAAGUACAAUGUGAAUCAUGCUCUUUAUGAAGGACAAUCAAAUGAUUCCGAUCCAACCACAAGGGCUGUUGUCGUGGAGGGCUACAUUUGGGGUAAUAGCUACGAUCCAAUCAUCAAACAUCUCCCCGUUACACAAUCCAAAUUCGAUCUCAUCAUUUUAAGCGAUCUCGUCUUUAACCACACAGAACAUUUGAAACUUCUGCAAACAACUAAGGAUCUUUUAGCUCCGAACGGAAAAGCGCUGGUGGUGUUUUCACCUCACAGACCUUGGCUUCUCGAGAGCGAUCUUCAGUUUUUCGAGACCGCUAAAGAGUUUGACCUCAUUCCAGAAAAGAUCGACAUGGUCAACUGGAAACCCAUGUUUGAGGAAGACGAGGAAACCAGCGAGGUAAGAUCGCGGGUUUACUCAUUUUAUUUAACGCACAAGGCUUAA